AUGGCGGAGGCGGGAAAAAAGCAGGUGGGCCUCGGGCUGCCAGGCGGAGACGCGGCACAGUGGCCUCUGCAGCGGGUAUGGCCGGGUUCAUGCCCCUGGGCACAGGGAGAGCCAUCUGGAGCUGGCCUGGAAGCUGGGGUGGCCUCUUCCCCCACGUGGAAGGUUUUUGACUCCAAUGAAGAAUCUGGAUAUCUCAUUCUCACCAUUGUUAUAUCAGGUCAUUUCUUCAUUUCCCAAGGACAAACACUUCUGGAAGGGUUUUCACUCAUUGGUAGCAAGAACUGGUUGAAGAUUGUGAGACGCAUGGAUUGUCUGUUGUUUGGAACAACGAUAAAGAACAAGAGUCGCAUGUUCCGGGUACAGUUCAGUGGAGAGUCCAAGCAGCAGGCGCUGGAGCACUGCAGCAGCUGUGUGCAGAGCCUGGCCCAGUACAUAACCGUGCAGGUGCUGGACGGGAACAGCCGGGAUCCUGGCCCACUGAGAGCAGGUGGAAGCGGCGGGGAGGGCUGUGUGCCAAGCAUUCCACUGCAGCACCCGUCACACCGGCGGCCGGAGCAGCAGCAGUGUGCCCCAGGAGGAAGGACCUCAGUGACCCAGUUAGCUCAGUCUCUCCUGGCGUCAGAGGAACUGCCCCUUGUCCACAAACAAUCUGCGUGGAAUGCUGAAGAGUUAGGCUCCUUUCUCCGUUUCUGCCUCAUGGAUCAGAAUUUCCCAGCAUUUGUGGAAGAGGUAGAAAAGGAACUAAAAAAACUGACAGGGUUGAGAAAUUAACACUCCGUGUACAUAUAGAACUAAGAAACUUGAAAG